AAGUUUACAGGCGCGACAAGGAAAGGCUUCACCAUUGACAAACUACAAAUGCCCAGAGGUAAACGUCGUCACGCCAUAGACAUGCGGCCCAGCGAAGAAGACCAACAGUCGACCAAACGGCAACGAAAUAGUUAUCAAAGUUCGAGACGUUACAGCAAAUCGGAAGAUGCGUUCAGUCAGAAGCGAUGUCUUGCCUGGUUCCGGGAGUAUACCACACCGGAUGAUACGGACACUUUAGGACCGGAAGGUAUGGAAAAGUUCUGCGAAGACAUUGGUGUCGAGCCGGAAAAUGUGGCGAUGCUCGUGCUGGCGUACAAGAUGGGUGCCAAACAGAUGGGCUUCUUUACGCAGAGCGAAUGGCUAAAGGGACUGACCGACCUGCAGUGUGACACAGCGUCCAAGGUGCAGUGCAAGCUGGAGUAUCUAAGAAACAUGCUAAAUGACCCGAACUCGUUUAAAAUCAUCUACAGAUAUGCGUACGAUUUUGCAAGGGAUAAAGACCAACGAAGUAUGGAUAUAGAAACGGCGAAAGCAAUGUUACAGCUGCUACUCGGCAAGCAUUGGCCACUGUACGCACAAUUUGCCCAAUUCCUAGAGCAGUCCAAGUACAAAGUGAUCAACAAGGAUCAGUGGUGUAAUAUACUAGAGUUUUCCCGCACCAUUUCCAACGAUCUAACAAACUACGAUGUCGAUGGAGCUUGGCCCGUAAUGCUCGACGAGUUUGUAGAAUGGUUAAGACAACUAAGAGCCCAGUCAACGAUUAGCUGAGGCUUACUGCUGCGUUAGAAGCCGGGUCGGGUUCGUGGGUUCCC